AAACUUUAAUCACAAAAGUGAUAAUUGUAAUAAUUAGCAAUAAUUUCUUCACGUUUUUUAACGUUUUUAAUGAUAUGUGUAGGUAAUUAGUUCAAUUUAAAUAAUGUUUACCGUAUUUAUACUCAUUUUAACUUCAAUACUCUUCAACUACCAAGUGUUUUCAUUGAAUAUUAGUGAAAUAAAGGUUUGGGGCCCAGGUUUAGAUCCAGAAAAUGUUGUUUUACCAACAAGAUAUGUUUUUAUAGAAGCUAAUCUAACAAUUGCUGGUGAUGCAGAUAGUUUUCAUUUUGAAAUCAAUGGAUUAUCGAAUAAUAAACCAUGUAAAUUGAGAUCUAAUAUAUUAAAUAGGAAGGAUGGGGUGUUUAUAUUCAGAUAUAAACAAUAUGAGUACUGUGAUACACUAAAAAUAAUCUUAACCUAUAAAAAUUACCACAUCGGGGAAUCUCCUUAUAUUUUUAAUAAAGUUCUUUCAGAAGAAUGUAAUUGCCCUAUUUCUAUUGAUAAAUUUUUAAAUAAUUUUCAAUGUGGGAACGUCCCAACUCGAAUUAAUAAAGAUUUAGCGGAAUUUUCAGAGAUAAAAUGGUCUCGGUUAAGAAAUAAAUUGAUAAAAACCUUUGAUAGUCCAGGUGCAAUAAGUUUGUGCCAUUACUUAAUUAAAAAUAACGUUAUUAAACGGAAAUGUUAUGGAAAAUACACCGGAUUUAAAAUGUUUUCUGAUAGUAUUUUAACUUCCUUGGUGAAAAAAGUCAAAUUACCUGAUUUAGAAUUUUUUGUAAACUUGGGUGAUUGGCCUUUAACUUCAGAAGCAAAGAAAUUUCCAAUUUUUUCAUGGUGUGGAAGCAAAAAUUCUUUUGAUAUUGUUAUGCCAACCUAUGAUUUAACAGAAUCUACUUUAGAAAAUUUGGGGCGGGUAACUUUAGAUAUGUUAUCAGUACAAGGAAACGUUAAUUUAAAGUGGGAUGAGAGGAGCCCAAAAAUGUUUUGGAGGGGUCGCGAUUCAAACAAAAAUCGCUUAAAGUUGAUAGAUAUCUCUAGAAAUCAUCCGGAUUUAUUCAAUGUUUCUUUAACAAAUUUCUUUUUCUUUCGAGAUCAAGAAGAAUAUUAUGGAAAACAAGAAUAUAUUUCUUUCUACAAAUUUUUCGAUUAUAAAUAUCAAUUAUUGAUUGAUGGAACUGUAUCUGCGUAUCGAUCCCCUUAUUUAUUAGGCGGGGGUUCGUUAGUUUUCAAACAAAAAUCAAUGUACUAUGAACAUUUUUAUAACGAAUUAAAACCAAACAUCCAUUACGUUAGUAUCGAAGAAGAUCUAUCAGAUUUAGUUGAAAAAAUUGAAUGGGCUAUAAACAACGAUGAUGAAGCAAGAAAGAUUGGAUUGGAAGGUCAAAAAUUUGCGGUUGAAAAUUUAUUACCUUCAAACGUUUUUUGUUAUUACACGCAACUUUUAAAUGAAUUUUCGAAACUCCUAGUGGAAAAAGUGGAGGAUUUGGAUGAUAUGGAAAUCGUUGAAGUGAAUGAAGAAAAUAAAAAGUGUAAAUGUUUGUCGGAAAAUCAUCAUGAAAAGGAUGAAUUGUAAUUAAGAAUAAAUAUAUUAAUUCUAUGAAGUUUUUAAGAA